CAACAAAUUCAAACUCUUAACAAAUAGUAACCGCUAACUGCUGCUAGCUGUAGCUGCCCUUAGCUUAUUAGCAGCUAGCAAUGCAGCUAGCGGUCCCGAUACUGGGGGAGUGUUGGUUCUCACGCCGCUAGCCCUGGAGCUCGGAAACAGGAAGGGCCGUUGCUAGCUGGUUAGCAUGCUAACACAGUCUGCAGCAGAGAGCUGACAGGAAAUGAGGGCGGAAAGAGGAAUGAGACGAUGCAACCAAGGUCCCUGACCGGACUUGAACUGUGACGUGGUAAUUAUAUGGGGUUAGAUGCGGUCCAGAUUGCUGUUGCCAAUAGAGACUGUCUCAGUUCACCUCCAGUUGCUCGCCACUCCAUUCAUAAACAAAUCACUCCAGCUCGGGAGACUCUCAGCUGCUACUGAACAACAACAAGCAGAACUCGAUCUGUAAGUUUUCUACCUCUUUCUUUUCUCUCUCUCUCUCUCUCUCUCUUCACUGCCUUUUCUUUUUCAAACUUCCCUCUAUUGCUUUCUGCUCAACUCCCCCUCACAGAACCCUCCCUCCUCUCCCUCUCCGACUCACUCUUACUCCAGCCUCAGCAGGGCCGGGCCACUGACUCCCUCCUCUGUGUGAAUCUGUCAGUGAAGUGGUGUGUGUGUGUGUGAGAGUGUGUGCGCAUGUGUCCAUUGGGAACACUUCUUUUUAAACUUACAGCGCUCUUUGGGAGCGGUAGGCAGGCUUUUUUUUUCGGAGUGUGAGAGAGGAGAGGAGACCCCCGUGGUGCUGUGAUUUGACUAAACAAACAGCCAGGCUCAGAGCAGUACCUCCUCCAGCGGACUCCCGGGACGGCAGAGAUUAACCUCAGACUCUGAACAUCUGAGGGAUCUAUACAUCUGAAGGAGCGGUCCCUGUAGAGAGCUGGAAAUCUCUGAUUUCAGAAGGAGGAGGCCGAUCGCUCGGACAGAGAGGGAAGACUUGUCAAUGCUUCGAGGAUCGCUCUGAAGAACAAAGUGCACCGAAGGGUUCGCCAUGAGGAGGUUGAUGACAUCAAUGCUCCAUCUGACAUUCACAGUUACAGCCCUCCUGUAUUUCUGCACUGAGUCGAGCUGCCUGGAGAUCACACCCGAGGACAAAGAGCUCGUCCUGGUCGAGGGCUCUUCUCUCAUCCUCACCUGCUCUGGCUCAGGGGAGACCACCUGGGAGUUUAAGAGGGACGAUGUGCCUUACUUCCAAUUGGAGAAGGUUCAUGACGGCAGCCGAAGUUACCAAAUCACGCAAACUAGCGACACAAGUGUUUUGACCUUGUGGAACGUAAGCUGGAAGCAUGCGGGGGUGUAUCAGUGCAUUGAUCAAGGCACUAGAGAUGUUAAGGAGGUGGCAGUUUUUGUCCCAGACCCCAAUGUAUGGUUCUUAGAGAGCUCCCACGGCAUGGUAACAAAGACCAGUGAGGAAAGCACCAUCCCCUGUGUGGUCACUAAUCCCGACAUCAAUGUCACCCUGUAUGAGAGGGACACUGAUCUGCCCAUCAAAGGAAUUUAUGUCCCCAGUGAGGGCUACAAGGCACCGCUGGAGGAUAGGACCUACGUGUGUCGCGGCGAGCUGAACGGAGAGGUUAAAGAGUCUCAGGCCUUCUACGUCUACAGCAUUGUUGUCCCAGAGGCCAUCGACGCCUACAUCAAUGCGUCAAAGACCGUCCUGAAGCAGGGUGAACCACUGACAGUAAACUGCACCGUGCACGGUUCGGAGCUGGUGUUCUUUUCCUGGGAUUUCCCCAACAGAGAGGAUGACAUCGAGCCACUGACCGACGUCCUAUCUGCCAUGAAUAUGCGCUCCUGCCUGAUCUACCCUCAUGCCACAGUGGCCCACAGCGGAAACUACGUCUGCCAUGUCAACGAGCCUGUCCAAGACCAGUCCGCCUCUGCCAGCGUCAGCAUCACUGUGCUCGAACGAGGCUUUGUGGAUGUGAAGGCUGCUCAGAAACAAAACAUUUCAGCCAAGCUCCAAGAGAACGUGGAGCUGAGAGUGGCGAUUGAAGCCUACCCUCCCCCUCAGGUCCGCUGGAGCAAAGAUGGCAACACCAUCAAAGGAGACAAAACCAUCACAACCAGACAAGAGCAAGAGAUCAGGUAUGUCACUAUUCUCACCUUGGUGAGGGUGAGGACGGAGCAGAAGGGCCUCUACACCGUCCUUGUCUCCAAUGGAGAUGACGCAAAGGAAGUGACCUUUGACCUGGAAGUCCAAGUCCCCGCUCAGAUUAAAGACCUGACGGACCACCACCUCCCUGGGAAGAGACACUUGGUGACCUGUGUAGCCGAGGGGGUCCCCACCCCGUCCAUACAGUGGUACAGCUGUGACAGCAUGCUCAAGUGCAGCAAUCAGACAGCAAUCUGGCAGCCGCUGAUACCAGAACCAGAGGUGCUGAGCGUCCGGACCAACGUCAGCUUCAGUGAGACUCGUAAAACCAGCCAGGUGCGCAGCCAGGUGACCUUCCACAAGCCCCAGCAGGUCACAGUUCGCUGUGAGACCAGCAAUAAGGAAGGACUCGUCGACAGAAGAGACGUCAAACUGGUAUCAAGCACUCUGUUCUCCCAGGUGGCAGUAUUGGCUGCUGUUCUAGCCUUAGUGGCCAUCAUCAUCAUGUCUAUCAUCAUCCUCAUCGCUGUGUGGCGCAAGAAACCUCGCUAUGAGAUCAGAUGGAAGGUGAUAGAGUCUGUGAGCCAGGACGGUCAUGAGUACAUCUAUGUGGAUCCCAUCCACCUGCCGUACGACCUGGCCUGGGAGAUGCCACGAGACCACCUGGUGCUGGGUCGCACUCUUGGAUCAGGAGCCUUUGGCAGAGUAGUUGAAGCAACUGCGUAUGGUCUCACUCAUUCCCAGUCCAGCACAAAGGUGGCCGUGAAAAUGCUGAAAUCUACAGCCAGGAGGAGUGAGACUCAAGCUCUGAUGUCUGAGUUGAAGAUCAUGAGUCACCUGGGUCCUCACCUCAACAUAGUCAACUUACUGGGAGCUUGUACCAAACAUGGGCCUCUGUAUCUGGUGACCGAGUACUGUCGCUAUGGUGACCUGGUGGACUACCUGCACAGGAACAAGCACACGCUCCUGCAGUACUAUGCUGAGAAGAACCAAGACGAUGGCUGCCUCAUCUCAGGAGGGAGCACUCCACUCAGCCAGAGAAAAGGCUACGUGUCAUUUGGAAGUGAGAGUGAUGGAGGAUACAUGGACAUGAGUAAGGACGAGCCCUCGCUCUACGUGCCCAUGCAGGAGCAGAUAGACUCCAUCAAGUAUGCGGACAUCCAGCCCUCUCCGUACGAGUCUCCCUAUCAGCAGGACAUCUAUCAGGAACAAGGUGGCGGCAGAUUGGACCUGGUCAUCAGCGACUCUACCAUUCUCACCUAUGAUGAUCUUUUGGGCUUCAGCUACCAAGUGGCAAAGGGGAUGGAGUUCCUCGCCUCCAAGAAUUGCGUCCAUCGUGACCUUGCUGCCAGGAAUGUGUUGAUCUGCGAGGGCAAACUGGUGAAGAUCUGUGACUUCGGCUUGGCCAGAGACAUCAUGCAUGACUCCAACUACAUCUCUAAAGGCAGCACGUUCCUGCCCCUGAAGUGGAUGGCACCAGAAAGCAUUUUCCAUAAUUUGUACACCACCCUGAGCGAUGUGUGGUCGUACGGCAUUCUUCUCUGGGAGAUUUUCACACUGGGAGGAACCCCUUAUCCUGAUCUGCCCAUGAAUGAGUUGUUCUACAGCGCAUUGAAGAGAGGCUACCGAAUGGCCAAGCCAGCCCAUGCCUCUGAUGAAGUUUACGAAAUCAUGAAGAAGUGCUGGGAUGAGAAGUUUGAGAAGAGGCCUGAGUUCUCCUUUCUGGUCCACAGUGUGGGGAAUAUGCUGACAGAGAGCUAUAAAAAGAGAUACAGCCAAGUCAACGACAACUUCCUGAAGAGUGACCACCCGGCAGUUGCCCGCACCAAACCUCGACUCUCCUCACCCUUUCCGAUUGCCAACCCAGCAUUUGGCUCCCCAUCCCCAUCCUCCUUUUCCUUCCCCCCGGACCCCUACAACCAGAGCCCGAGCCCCGGAGAAUUCAGACAGGAGGCGGACUCACAGGAAGGCAUAACUUCAUACAACGAAUACAUCAUUCCCAUCCCAGACCCCAAGCCGGAGGAAGUGUUCACCAAUAUGCCGUCGGAAAGCCCUGCAAGCUCUCUGGCUCUGGAGGAGGAGACUGACUCCAUGUCGCAGGACACGGCUGAAACCCUUCCAGAAGAGGACAGGCUGGAGGAGACCAGUGAGAGAGACGCUCUGCUCAGCUCCUCAGGAACGCCCGAGGUAGAAGACAGCUUCCUGUAGCCACACGUAGGAAACCUUAAGGAAAAAAGAGCUCUUUUCUGGGAUUUUUUUUUUUGGUUUGUUUUUUUUUUUGAAUAGGUCUCAAAAAGGGAACAUGACUAUAUUAGAAUGUAGCAAAAUUGAGACUAAGAAGGCAAUCUUUGUAUUUCCACUAAGCACUCAAAAAGUUUUGCCUUUCUUUGAAUUUCUAUCACACUUAGUACCUCUGAAACUACAAAAUGGUUCUAAUUUCAUUUCCAAUUAUUGGAAGCUUGCCACAGCAUAUACGGUACUCUCCUCACACUCCUGUAGACCAUAAUCACAUGGCAGCCAUUUUCCUCUGAUUAUUGAAAGGAUAAUGUUGUACGCAGGGAAUCUUACAAAUUGCUAUUAUUUCACAGCAACCAAUCAUACAAUGACAAAUUAAAAUUGUGAAGGGAUACUGGGCCAUAUUUCAAGUUAAAACAUGUUUGAUAAUCCAUUAGCUACUGUUAGACAACAGCUAACGUGAAUAAUAAAUUAAUCCAAGAUAUGGGUUGAUGAUUGAGAGUUAGAUUACACAUUUCCUGUGGUGUGAUCUAACAUGAUCUAACAGUAUUGUGAGCUAGAAGGAGGCUGAAUUCUAACAUUAGCUGUAGAUAAUAGAUUUUCAACUGUGAAAACAGCUUGAUGACCCUUGGAAUUUUCUUUAUCCAUUGUCUUUUCAUUCCAGAUCAAUCAGGAAGCUGUGAAAUGAUAAUGUAUUGUCAUAUACCCUACAUUUGUAUGACUUGCAGCCUCUAAUAGCCCACAGCAGUAUGUCACUUGAGCUUCCCACCCUGUGACGUCAUGUGAAUAUGGUCUAUAGAAUCAUUGCAUCAUCAUACAGUUGUAUUUUUCUUAUGACUUAUGAGGCCUUAUUAGACACGUGCUAUUUUAGUUUGUUACAUCGAGACAUAUUUCCAUUAUUGGCUGUUACUACUUUAUCCACUCUUUACUGUUCAUAAACAGUGGUGAUUUUUAGAAAAGCGGGUUACUUGUUCUUUUUUUGCCUAUGAAAGUUUUUCUUAGUUUUACAAACACUAAAUUUUUACACAACGAUGAAAACAAACAAUAAACACAUUUCCACACAAGAAAGACAAGAAAAGAAAGAAUAUGCAAAUCCCCAAACUUUCAUCAUUCAACAAAGUUUAAGUGAAUUGAAUAAUUAUGUUGCAUUUUUUCAAUCAUAAACUGUAUUCACUGUAUUGUAAUAGACUUUGUAAACAGGCCUGAAAUGCAGACAGAUUCUACAUGCACUGUUUUACGAUGAGAAAUACAUUUUAUUUAGUUACAUAUGCCACAUAGAGGUUACCUGUUUUCUUUUCUUUUUUUGUGAAGAUUAUAUGAAAUGUAUUUCUUUGUCAUUUGUGAAUUUUUUUUACUUUCCUUAUCUAGGUUUAUUACAUAGUUCUGUGCCAGAUUUGCACUUUAUGUAGAAGAAUGAGGAUAUUCAUGAAGAAGAUAUAAAUAGGAUGAAGAUAGGAUAAAUCAAAAAUAUGUGGCUGUUACAGUAAAACAGUUUCUGUGAUGACUGGUGACUCACACAAGUGAAUAUAAUAAACACAGCGUAUCACUGCCAUAGAUAGCCACAUGUGUACAUGUAAAGAAAAGUAUGCUUUUUGUCCUCUAUUGCAUUGCAUAACAUUCACUUACACAAUGUUUUCGACUUUCAGUACUUAAUCCACCAUUUAAAACAACACAUUGUAACUUUCUGUAGCAAUUUAAAAAUGCACAAGAUCACUGUAUCACAAGCUAUGGUACCAAAGCAGUUUACAAAUGUAUUUUUUAUAUGUGCCAUUUUAUAUGUUGUAAAUGUGACAAUAAAUGUGUAUUAUCAUAGUA